UUCUGUUCCGGCGGCGACACAAAUGAGAAAAAAACGUCACGUCCGACGUCGGCGUACCGACCGCCCGGUGAGCGGUUUGGCUUAGGGGAGCAGGGGGAAUGCGACCUAAACAUGGCCGCUCGGCAUUCACCGGAGCCCCGGACAGAGCAGAAGCAGUCUUCCAUUGCACCCGAUGAGGAGACGGGGCGCACGCUGGACGGGGACGGCGAUUGCCGGCCGUGCUCGCCGAGUCUUCCCGACGCUUACCAGCGACUCGAUGGAGAAGGCGGCGAUGGACGCCGGUGCUUCGCCGCUGGGAUGCACGGCUGGAGUAACAAUCAAACAGACAAGAGUACCGAGCACCGGGGAAGCGAAACGCCGGUGCGAUCCACUGUUGUGAUAGAUUUAACCGGGUCCGAAUCGGAGGCCCAUGCGCACCCCAGGUUUGACUGCGACACUCCCCGAGACUUUGACGGAUCGAAGGCGGGCGACGAGUUGAAAGUCUACAGUGUAGCAAAGGGGAACGAUGUGCCUGCGAUUGAUCUGACAGACAAAGGAGCGGAAGAACCAAUGUCUGGCAUGGAGCAGAGAUGUCUGGAGCCACAAGAAAGGAGAAGGUUAAAAAAAAGCGAAAGCAAGCAGCUUCAUGUGAAGGAAGGCCCCAUAAUGGAUGGGAAGAUAGAUGCAAAGCAGCGCAAGAGCAGACUGGUAUGCCGUGAGUGUGGAAAGCGGUUUACUCGUCGGGAGACUUACAACCUUCAUCGGCACUUUCACACGCACCAGGACGAGUUGGCUUCCUUGACCUGCAAAGAAUGCGGCGUCACCUUCCGACACCGUAGCAGCCUAAUUAAACACCGCAGUGAGCAUAAGGAAAAGCGUGCGGCAGUAGGGCUAGAGAGGAGAUCCCACAGCAGGGAAGGGAGGUGUUUGCAAUGUGAGCACUGUGCCGAAACUUUCCUCACGCUGGGGAAGCUGAGGUGCCAUCGAUGCCAGCAGGCCCCUGAGAAGCCAUACCGCUGUCCGCUGUGCCGGCGGGAUUUUCAGUACAGGGUGUCCAUCAAUGCCCACAUGCAGACUCACUCUCUGGAAAAUCCCUUCCGUUGCCUUGAGUGCAACAAAGGCUUCUCAUGUGGCUAUAUGCUCCGCAUCCACCAGCACUCACAUGCUGCCCUAAAGCCCUUUGAGUGCCCUGAAUGUGGUAUGGUAUUCCGGCACCAUUCCGUCAUGGAGGACCACCGGCGGAGACACAAAGUGGACCGGCCCCGACAGUGUCGCAUCUGCGGCAAGCGUUUCAAAUGUGCUAGCCUGUUCCACCAGCACCAGUUCCUGCACACUGGAAAGAAACCAUUUCGCUGUCCCAUGUGCGGAAAGGCCUUUGCCUUUACUCAGAACUGGAGGGCACACUGGAGGCAGCACUGGAAGCUCACGCACGAUUGUCCUCGCUGUCCACUCUCCUUCCCUGAUUUGGCUGGCCUGCAGACACAUAUGAUGAGCCACGACAGAGAGCAGAGGUCCAGAGUGGGACUCAGAGCAAGUAUCAACAGUACAAACAGCAGUGGUACCUCGCAAAAUUCCCUCGUCUGUCCCCUCUGUCCUCUUAGUUUUUCAGAAUCAGCCAGCCUGAAAACACAUUUAUUGACUCAUGAGGCAAGCGAGGAAUUUGGAGGGCGGAGCAACAACAACAACAACGUGCGACAAGACCUUGCCCACAGCUGCCAUCAAUGUCCCCUCACCUUUCCCAGUCUGUCAAGCCUACAGAUGCACUUGUUGAGUCAUGGGACAGCGUCAAAACAGGGAUUGGCUGUGUUGGAGAGGGUAAGCACAAACAAUGGUGAGGAUAUGUCAUUGCUGGGCUGGCCAGAUCUGUUGAAUCGAAAGAUGCUGAAGUGCACUGAAUGUGGCAAGACCUUCCGCCACAGAUCGGUGCUGGAACUCCACAUGCGCAUCCACUCUAAGGAUAAACCUUUCCAGUGCAGGGUGUGUGGCAAGGGUUUUAAGUUCAGCAGCUACCUGCAGCAGCAUCUAAUCAUCCACACUGGGCAGAAGCCUUUUAAAUGCCCUGAUUGUGGCAAGGACUUUGCCUUCCUCCAGAACAUGAAAACUCACCAGAGGCUGCAUCAGCAGAAGCCGUACCGCUGCACUCAGUGCCGCAAGGGCUACAGCGAAGAGGCUGAGCUGCAGCGGCACAUGCUCUCCCACACUGGCGAGAAACCUCACAAAUGCCAGCUCUGUGACAAGAGCUUUGGGUUAGCGUAUUUGCUGCGGGACCACUUGAACACCCACACUGGGGAGAGGCCCCAUCGCUGUACAGAAUGCCACAAGUCUUUUCCCUGGUUAAGUAGCUUGCUAGUGCACCAGAAGAUCCAUGCUCGCAAACGUCAAGGACUCAACCAGCCGCUCUCUAUGUCCUUGGCACCCCAGAGAGGAAGAGGAAGGGGCAGAGGGUCUAGGGGCAGAAGAGGGAACAGGUGGGCUUCAGGCUGGCCCCGGUGGGCAGGAGGGGAGGGCACUGAAAUGCCUGAUCACUCGGCAACAUAUUUAGGUCGGCUACCUGUAGGACAGGAAUGGCUAGAAAAAGCAUCCCAUCAUCCUUCGCCGACAUUUUUUGAACCCCAGUGGCGGCAGCAGCCGCAAUGGCAGUCAGAAGUAGGAGGGAGGCCAGUUGUCACCCAACAGCCGCCGUCAGGCUGGAUCAGUUCACCUCCAUCAAGCCAAGGCAAUCAAGUUGCAGUUCAGUACAGUGAGACCCAUUCCCAUCAAGCAGAUGGAGCUUCUGUAUGGGGAACCCAGGCAUCUGCAAUUCCAUCACAGAAGCCUGUGCCCCUGGACCCACCUGGGGAGGAACUGAAGCAACAGAAAGAGUUGCAGCAGCAGCAACAGGCUUUGAGUUGGACUAGUCAACCACCAUCUACACCAGGCCAAACCACAGUCCAGUAUGAGGAAGCCCAUCCUCGAUGCAGUGAAGGAACUGCUGUGUGGGAAUUCAGUACUCCUCCAAAAGUACCAGAGAAUUCAUCAGAAAAACCUGGGCAAAGCCAGCAACAACUCGUGGGCUGGUCAAUUACUUCCACUCCAACAGCUGUGAGCCAACCUGCAGCUCAGCAUGAGGACCCGCAUAAGGUUAAAGACACGUCCACAUGGAGCUUGCAGGCAAAGUCUGCUCAACUCCAAACUCUUACCUCAUCAGACAAUUCGGAUAUUAGCCAAAAGCAGCAACAGCCUUUCAGGUGGGCCGGUACAUCAAUGUUAGCAUCUGGGAGCAAAACUACAGCAUGUUAUCAGGAUUGUCAGCCUCACUGUGGGGAUGGCACUGCAACCUGGGGGCUCCAAACAUCACCAGUUGUGUCCUGUGCCAAAAGUCUGCCGGAAAAACCUGCAAACAAAGGGCAGCAGCAUCUAGUAGCAAAAGACUACCAAGUUACUCCUAAGCCAGCCACCCCCUUCCCCUCUGCUCCCCCUCAGAUUGCCUUCCCCCUCCAGUCUUGUUAUUCAGAUGCAUUCAGCGCGUGCAUGCACCCUCAAAAUAGCUACCUCACCCAAAAGACUCCGCUCUCUGAGGAGCAUGCAGGUCCCCGGACUUUACCCGCAGUGCAGCGAUCUGAACUCCGUGACCCUCAUGGAAUCCACCCUCCCACCUCUUUGCCAUUUUCCCCAAACCGCCUUCUCCAGUGCAUGAUCUGUGGACAUACUUUACCGCGGGAAUUAGACUUGCACAUCCACUAUAUGCAACAUGCACAGGGAGAGAUUUGACAGCACAUACAGAGAAGACCUAAACUCUACUGAAUGAUGCAUAAGAUGGAUUGGCACAUAGGCUGCACUUGCCAAGAAUUUGUUUAAGGCAUUUUUUAACGUAAAAAGUAAUUUACAGAUAUUUAAAAUAAACUGCAAAGAUAUCAGUAAUGUCCAGUGUACAUAUAACUUUUUAUUGCUGAAUAGUAGCUGCGUCUUAAUCUGACACACAAUUAUUAAAUGACUACCUGGGACAGAAGCUAUCUGAUGAACUAUUUCAGAAUCUCGUACAGUUCAUGCUGAACUUUUGGCACACAAAGCUUUUUGAUAUGGUGGUAUAUGAAUGGUUUCAGUUAUGGACGUACAAGUAGAAAUUGAGAUCCAUUUGUAUAAUUCAUUGUUGAUUUAUGAUAAAUGCUUAACAUAAAAUCUUUAUCUUUUUUUUACGUUCUCAAAUUUAGCUGAAAGUCCUUUCUGUCAGUGUGUCAGUAGUGUUUUAUAAAGCAGUGUUUCUCAAACCAGUCCUUGGGAACCCGCAGAUGGUUCAUGAUUUUGCUGUCUCUCAAUUCCCUGGGGGUUGGAAGGAAGCAGAAACGUUCCCAAGGGCUUGUUUGGGAUGCACUGUUAUGAAGUGCUUGACACCACAGGUAUUAGUAUUUUCCUUAAUGCCAGGUUUGGAUGUCUUGAUCUUUCUGUUGAACGUUGUUGUUUUUGGUCAAAUGAUCUAUUUAAAAUUCUUUACUUUUAUGUGAGCUAUUGUUUUUUUUUUCUUCAAAAAAUUGCGUGGUGAACUUCAUUUAUAUUUAUUUGUGGCAAAACGGUUGCAGGGAGAAAAUUAGGGCUUUUUCAAAUAAAACCCUCCCUGCUCCCACUCCAUCAUGGAGUGCACUCUGUUUGUAGCUGCUCUCAGCUGAAUGGAGUUUCCUUCCUUAUGGUGUAGUGGUAUGAAUACAGCAGCAAGAUUUGGGACAAACUUCCCUUUCUCCGGUGAAAAUUGGAACUCAAAUAGAAUCGUAAGUGUUGUUACCAUGGUUUCUUUUGAACAUAUUUUGGAAUUGCCAAUAAUUGCCAUGAUCCAUGAGUUAUUAGAAAAUGAGAGAUCUUGCAGAGGUGCAUCUUAAAAAAAAUUGAAUAUUGUGGGAACAAUUUAAGAAAGUGAAAAUGUAUUAUAAUAUAGACUCAUUACACGCAAACUAAAAUGUUUCAAGCAUUUUUCCAUUUUCAUUUUGAUGAUUAUGGCCUACAGCUCACACAAUGUAAAUAAAAACAUCUCAGAAUAAUAGAAUAUCUCAUUUUGACUUAAAUUGCUAUUAAAACAGUAUAAAUAUUGUCUAUCUCUUAGUCUAGUUCAGUACACGCAGUCACAGUCAUGGGGAAGACUGCUGACUUGACAGUUGUCCAGAAGAUGAUCGAGAUCCUCCACGAGGAGGCCACAGAAGUUCACUUCUAAUUUAUGUGUAUUACCUAAAAAUACAACAUGUAUAUGUAUCAGAUUUCAGUUCUGGGAAUUAUCACUUGCCACUACAUCAUUUCAUGCAGCUUGGCCUGAUUGGUUAAGGUUAGGGGAGCCUUUUACUAUUGGCUGAGCAGGUGGUUGCUUAGGGUCCCUGAAUCACCUGUGUUGUAUAGGAAGUGAAAUAGUCAGCAGUUUUUCAGAAGGGAUUCCCCCGAAUUAUGCUGUGCCUGAGGCCCAUUGCGCUUGCCCUGAUUAAUGUAUCAGAUCGAGCAAUGCAGAGUCGAAUAAUUUGGGCUCUCAACUUUACUCCUUCAUGGGCACUUAUAAAGUAUCCUUUUAAAAAUGCUCUUUACCGUCAUUUAUGUCAUUUUUAUACUUUUUAAAGAUAUAAGAAAAAAGUAUAUCAGCUGUUUUGUUGCUAUUUUCACAUUUAGAUUUAAAUUGGAUAUCAAAAUGUACCUCUAAUAAGAAAUAUGUGGGUGUUAUAUUAUGUAAACCCAUUUUCCCUUCUAGAGAAAAUGAGGAAUUGGGAAUUUGGUUUUCAGGAUAACUCAACAUAAAGCACAAUUUAAAACACAACACAUUUAAAGUUUGCAUUGCAAAGAUAUCAAAGAUUUUGAUAUGGUGGUAUAUGAAUGGUUUCAGUUAUGGACGUACAAGUAGAAAUUGAGAUCCAUUUGUAUAAUGUGUGUAACAUUGCAAAAUUACACACAUUUUAAAUUGAAAUAUGACUUGGGUAUUUUUGUAGUAUUAAUUAAUUUGGUCAUAAUCCUAGAAAGUCCUUCACAUCUUGUGAAUGUAAUGAAAUGCAAUUUUAUGAAUUCUUUGAAAUAUGCGUUUCUUUGAUAAUAUUUUAUAGUAAUUUAUAUGGUUUUCUAGCAUCAUGAAAUGCACAGUUAGUCUGAACAGUUCCGUUAAUAGUUCAAUCAGAGUUUUGCUACUGUUUAGGUUUUAUGUUAUGUAUCUUUAUUUUAGUAGUUCUGAAAUGGCUGUAGAUUCAGUAGGCAAAGUGUGGAGGGCUAGGUCAGGGUGCAUUUUCUCUAUAUAUAGGUUACCUGCUACGAUGGUAUACGCAUGGUAUAGAGGUGAACUGGAUGGGUGCCUUUCCUUACUUAUGCUUUGUAUAUGUGAGAGCCUUGUAAUGGGGUAAUCCUCCAUUCAGUUUCCUUUAAUUCUGUUCAACGUUCCAUUUAUUUCUUACCCUUUUAUGGGUGAGCAGUAUGGAAAUAAACACAAAGAUCAUCCCAGUAUUCAGAAUCAGAAAAAAACUUUAUUGAUCCCAUGAGAAAAUUGCUUAUGCUACAACUGUACAGACAGUCAGACACCAGUAGGCACAACGAACACUAUAAAGCUGGAAGGGAAGUAGUAUGACAAAACAGAAGUUAAAAGAGAAUUAAAUAAAUUCUUAAAUGUAAGAAAACAGAACAGGUAUCAAAUAAAGUACAGUAUACCUCUAAGUAACACCUAGUUACCUAGUAUUAUAACACAGUGUUAUUAAUAUUGCACAUGCUGUAGUUUUGCAUAAUCAGCAAGACUGCAGAAGUUACUACACGAAUUACCAGCAGCAGACCAGUUAUUGCUCAAACUUAGAAGUAUAUAGGAACAUACCGAAAGACAUAGUAAUGAAGGGGGCUAAAUAACUGUUUCAAUUUUUGGAUAAGUGACAUUCAGAGGAUUCUGUUGGUGGUGGGGAGGAAGGAUUUCCUGUGGCACACUUCAUGGUAGUCAGUCUGCAGUUGAAGAUGCUUCUCUGUCUAACCACAACCC